UUUCUCAUUGUUUUUCUAGAGGUGGGAGGAGGACUCAAAGGAAUUAAAAUCACUUGAGCUCAUUGCUUUUAUUUGGUGAAAAAUUCGAUCGAAAUUGAUGCAGCGUUGCUUCUCAAAAUGCUUUUAAACUUCUUUAAAUUAAUUCGUGUGAAAAUCUGCCGUACACCGAGGCGAUGGUAUUCAAAUAUGAAGCUGACAUUCCAUUCCUUGACCCACAAUCAUUUCAUGGAUCAGGGCUAUGUGGCCGACACGCUGAUGGAACCGCUCUUUUGGUUUGUCGAAAACUUCACGAAAGUCCUUGGUCCAUUUUUCGUGUUAGCAGUGUGUGCCCUCACUUCUUUCGUGGUCGGGGUUACCUAUUAUUUGGGACUUCCGUACUGGUGGAGUGCGAGCCCCGCAGCCACCGUGGGUCUGCUGAUCAUUGGCCACUGGCUACUGAUUAAUGUCGUCUUUAAUUUUUACAUGGCCUGCGUGACGUCACCAGGCCACCCUCCGCAAGGACAGCUCAUUCCUGAAGCGGUCAGCAUCUGCAAAAAAUGCAUUUCACCAAAGCCGCCGAGAACACACCAUUGCUCCAUUUGUGAUAGGUGUGUCCUGAAGAUGGACCACCAUUGUCCUUGGCUGAACAACUGUGUUGGCCACUUUAACCACCGUUAUUUCUUCAUGUACAUGGUGUACGUUGUGACUGGCUGUCUGUACAUCAUGGUGUUUGGCUUCAGCUUGGCAUGGGAUGAGGUUUUCGGAGAUGGAGCGUACUUGCAAUACGUUCACGAGGUCGAUGAAGAAGAGGUCCUGAUCGGCCACCCAGUACGGUUUAACCACUCAAAACUCAUUCCAAUGCGGGAGAGAAUGCAGAACGGAUCUUUCCACCCCAUUCCUGACCUGGAGCCCGUCAUAAAAACCCACGCCACAUACCGGAGCACUGUAAUUUUUGUAGGCCUGGUAGUUGGAGGUAUUACCAGCGUCUUUGUCGCCCUCGGAACCCUGGCGUAUUGGCAUGCGAAGAUUAUCAGCAAGGGGGAAACCAGCAUUGAGAAUUACAUCAACAAGUCUGAGACAAAGAGAUACGCCGAAAACGGAUUAAUUUAUCAGAAUCCGUACGAUUUUGGUCUUCUUGCGAACUGGAAAUUAUUUUUGGGCCUAACUGAUGGAAGAGGCUGGCGGCACAUUCUUCUACCGUCCAGGCAUCUCCCCAAAGGCACGGGACUGUCCUGGGAGACAACUACGUUUGAAAUUCUCCAAAGUGACACCGCCAAAGAAAAGUAAAUCCUCUGAGCCAAACGAAACAAGAUUGAAUGCACCUCUAGUCAAACGCUCAAUUUUGAAACCUGUAAAUAACAAAAAAAAAUAUUCCAAAGCGUCGAUCUCGUAAAUCUGCUAGCGUGUUUUGUCCUUAGAUCGCCUUCAAGAUCCUGCCUAAUUAUGCUUAAGUUAUUAUAAUAAUAGACAUCACUUUAAAAGUCAAAGAAGAUUCCCAUCCAAAAUGUCGAAUUUUUACCAUUCCUGGCAACAAAUUCUCGUUUUUACAACACUGUCUUUUUAAACCCAAAUACAUAUUAAUAGGAGAUGCUCUCUCAAAUUUAAAUAGAAACCAUGAGCGCAACUGAAUGUUGUCAGAACGUUUGUGAUAUUUGUGCACAUAGACUGUUCCAUAGAAUAAAAGAAAAGCAUUACAAAAUUCAAA